AUUCUGCAAUGUAAAUACAUGAAUUUAUUAAAUAAUUUCUUACAUAAAUAAAACUUUAUAAAUAAUAGAAAUUUUCUAAAACUGUUACUCCUUUCUUCUGUUUUUCCCGGUUUUCAUCGCCCAUUUUAUUAGCCGUUGAAACUGAGCCCCCCGCCGCCACUUUAUGCCGCCCACCGGAAAUUUUACUGCCCAUUUCACAGUAUCCCUUCUCUCUCUUCCAACCUCCCACUGAAAAUUCCACUUCCCAUUUCGCAGUAUCCCUUCUCUCUCUCUUCCUCUGUUGCUAUCUCUCUUCCAAAAUCUAUAUAGACUCUGAAGAAAUCUCCCCUCAAAUUCCUACAAUCACUUCUAUCUUCAACCGCCAAUUAAAUCUACCACUUCGAUGAAAAAAUUCCCUUCAAAAUCUGGCUGCGGCGGCCCCUCCUUCCUCUCCAAAAUCCGCGCCGCUCUCUCUCCGAAAAAUCUCAAGAAUCCUCCUCCCCUUCCCCAACCACCCUGUUUCUCGCCUCCGCAUGCCGAAUUCCAGCAAGUCUUUCGCUACUUCGACAAGGACGGAGACUGCAAGAUUUCCGCUUUUGAGCUCUGCAGCUCCAUGGGAAGCGCCUUUAACGAGCAGCUGUUACAGGCCGAGCUGAUUGAGUUAGUCGAAUCGUCCGAUUCCGACGGAGAUGGAAAAUUGGGGUAUGAGGAUUUCUUGAAAUUGGUGGAAGUGGAGGAGGAGGAGAAAGGGAGGAGUUUGAGGGAAGCGUUUGUGGCGUAUGAGAUGGAAGGAAAGGGGUUUAUCACGGCGAGGAGCUUGAAGAGGGCGCUUCAACGGCUCGGGGAGGAGAGGACUGUGGAGGACUGCAAGAAUAUGAUUAAAAGGUUUGAUCUUGAUGAAGAUGGUGUGAUUAGUUUUGCAGAGUUUCAGGUUAUGAUGUUGUGAACGUAAAUAAGCACAAGAUGUAUAGCUCAGAUGAAAUUUUAUUUUGUUUUUGGAAGUU